UUGAGAAAGAUGUUGAAUCUUGUUUUGUUCCAGAUUCUGUUGGAAGAUGAUGACAUUGAGGAAGCAUUGAAUCUUUUGGAUCAAGCCAGUUCAGAACGCAAUGAACUUGAUACCUUGCUAUUUAAUACCAUUCUUGAAAAAGCCUGUGAAAAGGAAGUGAUUGAGGUAGUUGAAUUUGUCGUUGAGUGGAUGCACCAAGAAAAAGUCCAGCCGGAUCCAGCGACCUGCCAUUUUGUUUUCUCUGCAUAUGCCAACAGUGGUUUUCACAGCACGGCCAUGGAAGCGCUGCAGGUUUUGAGUAUGCGCAUGAUAUGUGAAGAAGAUGGCAGCUUUCCAGAAAAGGCAGAAUUUGAGGAUGACUUCAUCUUUGCUGAAGACACGGAAGCUGAAUCACGAAUAGUACAACUUUUUAAAGAUUCUGAAGAGAAGCUUGCUGUUGCCCUUUUGAAUCUAAGAUGGUGCGCCGUGCUUGGCUUCCCAAUUUCAUGGUCACCUAAUCAAAGCCCAUGGGCCAGAAGACUGUCAUCUAACUACACUGCCAGGAAAGGAGCCACCUAAUCAUGAUUUAUAUAUAGGUGGCAUUAGGACUCCAGUGAGUUUCCCUUUAUUAUUAUUAUUUUUUGUUGUGGUCGAACGAAGUGUAAGGCCUCCUCAGGGAGGAAGGGGAGAGGGUGAGAGGCACAGAUGAGGUCUUGAUGAGGGUGUUAAAUACCUAGUGCAACUAACUAAUGUUGAAUAAAAAAAACAAGACCGCAGAUAUAUUAGAUUUGUAUUAGGCUAGGCUAUAUUUGAGAAAAUUAGGGGAUUCCCUUUUAUCAUUUUUGUUUCAUUACGUUACUUUGUAAGUUACUGCUUUGUAUAUUUAAAACGUAAAAUCGUGCUGCAGCUCUGUAAACU